UGCGCCGCCGGCCCCGCCCGCCGCCGCCAUGGCCGGUAAGCCCCGCAGCGGCUGCGAGGCGCUCCGGGUGGUGGCCCGGUGCCGGCCCAUGAGCCGGCGGGAGGAGGCGGCGGGAUACGAGCGCGUCCUGGAGCUGGACGUGAAGCUGGGCCAGGUGAGCAUCCGCAACCCCCGCGCCGCCCCCGGGGAGCUGCCCAAGACCUUCACCUUCGACGCCGUGUACGAUGCCAGCUCCAAGCAGGCCGACCUCUACGAUGAGACGGUGCGGCCGCUCAUUGACUCGGUGCUGCAGGGCUUCAAUGGCACCGUCUUCGCCUAUGGCCAGACCGGCACCGGCAAGACCUACACCAUGCAGGGCGCCUGGGCGGAGCCGGAGAAGCGCGGCAUCAUCCCCAGCGCCUUCGAGCACAUCUUCACCCACAUCUCCCGCUCACAGAACCAGCAGUACCUGGUGAGGGCCUCGUACCUGGAGAUCUACCAGGAGGAGAUCAGGGACCUCCUCGCCAAGGACCAGAGCAAGAAGCUGGAGCUGAAGGAGAACCCCGAGACCGGGGUGUACAUCAAGGACCUCUCCUCCUUCGUGACCAAGAACGUCAAGGAGAUCGAACACGUGAUGAACCUGGGCAGCCAGACGCGCUCCGUGGGCAGCACCAACAUGAACGAGCACAGCUCGCGCUCCCACGCCAUCUUCCUCAUCACCAUCGAGUGCAGUGAGACGGGGCCGGACGGUGAGGAGCACAUCCGCGUGGGCAAGCUCAACCUCGUGGACCUGGCCGGCAGCGAGCGCCAAAAUAAAAUGGGGGCCCACGGAGAGCGCCCCAAGGAAGCCUCCAAGAUCAACCUCUCCCUCUCAGCCCUGGGCAAUGUCAUCUCGGCCCUGGUGGACGGCCGGAGCACGCACAUCCCCUACCGGGACUCCAAGCUCACCCGCCUGCUGCAGGACUCCCUCGGGGGCAACGCCAAGACAAUCAUGGUGGCCACCUUGGGCCCGGCCUCCCACAGCUACGACGAGAGCCUCUCCACCCUCAGGUUUGCCAACAGGGCCAAGAACAUCAAGAACAAGCCCCGGGUGAACGAGGACCCCAAGGACACCUUGCUGCGGGAGUUUCAGGAGGAGAUAGUCCGGCUGAAAGCCCAGCUGGAGAAACGUGGGAUGCUGGGGAAGAAGAGGAGAAGGAGCAGCCGGAGGAAGAAAGCGAUGGAUGGAGAGGGCACCGUGGACAAUGAAGGGGAGGACGAGAAUGAGGAUGGCCUGGAGAAGAACAUGGAGAAUUACUUGAAGGAGCAGAAGGAGAGGCUGGAAGAGGAGAAAGCCGCUAUCCAGGAUGACCACAGCCUGGUGAGCGAGGAGAAGCAGAAGCUGCUCCAGGAGAAGGAGAAGAUGAUAGAGGACCUGCGGAAGGAGCAGGAGGCCACGGAGCUGCUGGCCAUCAAGUACAAGGCGAUGGAGAGCAAGCUGCUCAUCGGGGGCAGGACCAUCGUGGACCACACCAACGAGCAGCAGAAGAUGCUGGAGCUGAGGCGGCAGGAAAUCGCCGAGCAGAAACGCCGGGAGCGCGAGAUGCAGCAGGAGAUGCUGCUGCGGGACGAGGAGACCAUGGAGCUGCGGGAGACCUACACGUCCCUGCAGCAGGAGGUGGAGAUCAAAACCAAGAAGCUCAAGAAGCUCUACGCCAAGCUCCAGGCCGUGAAGGCUGAGAUCCAGGACCAGCACGACGAGUACAUCCGUGUGCGCCAGGACCUGGAGGAGGCCCAGAACGAGCAGACACGAGAGCUGAAGCUCAAGUACUUGAUCAUCGAGAACUUCAUCCCUCCCGAGGAGAAGAACAAGAUCAUGAACCGCCUGUACUUCGACAGCGACGAGGACCAGUGGAAAUUCCAGCCACUGGUUCCCACUGGAGGGAACAGCUCCCAGAUGAAGAGGCGCCCGACCUCUGCCGUGGGCUACAAAAGGCCCAUCAGCCAAUACGCCCGGGUGGCCAUGGCCAGGAGAUCCCACCCCCGCUUCCGGGCUGAGAACAUCAUGUUCCUGGAGCUGGACCUGUCUCCCCCGGCCAUCUUCGAGUUCGAGCGCAGCAGGGACCCGGCCGAGCAGGACCCGCGGGCGCUGCACCUGGAGAGGCUGAUGCACCUGGACAGCCUCCUGGAGCGGCCGGCGGCCUCCCGCGUGCGCAAGUCCCGCUCCUGGUGCCAGACGCCACGGUCGCUGCCGUCCUCCACCACCCACGUGUCCCUCGCCUCCAGCUCCCCGUGCGCUGCCCCGCUGCCGGCCCACGAGUGACGGCCUGGACGCCUCGUCCCGGACUGAGCCCCCGAGGGCCGAGGGGGGCCCGGCCCAGCGGCCCCAGCUCAUCCUUGUCCUCAGCUACUUUGUGUGUGUUUGUGCGAGACACGAACGGCCCCGGGCCAGGGUGGCUGCCCCUCCCUCCCUCCCCCCCCUCCCUCCCUUCCUCUCUUCCUUCCUCUGCCCCCCCAUCCGGAUCUGUCACUUUAUUUAUUUAACCUAUUUAUUUAUGGAGUGGGUGACGCGCGGAGGCGGGAUUUGCACUCGGACUGAUGAACAUCCAGGCUGGCAGUGGGCACCGUGCUGACCACCCCGGGUUUGCCCAGCUCCCAGCCCUCCCCGCACUGCCUGGCACAGGGCUGGGCACAGGGACACCGCCAGGACGCUGCUCCAUCCAGGCAGGAGCAGCACGGGCCCCUCUCCAGGGGCUUUGGCAGAAGCUGAGGCCACCCUGGCCCCAGUGCUGGCUUUGCUUUGCUGGAUCCCAGGGAAUUUGGAGAUCUCUGCGUGGAUUGGGAGACUUUGUGGUGGCAGCACCGUGUCACAGUCCCCCAGCGGGACUCCCCAGCCUGCAUCAACACUGGUGGCAGCAGGGACACCUCACCGACUCUGGGCAUGGCUGUCACGCCAGGAGCACCAGCUCCAGCCACAGGGCUUGCAGAGUCACCAGACCAAGUCACCCAAAGCCGAGGGCUUUGUCCACCUGUGCCACGCUCUGGAGAUACUCUGGAGACAGCCCCUGCCAAGGUUCCCGAUGCCCGGCUCGCUCCCGUCCCCGAGCGUGGGUGUGCACCUUGUGCACCUCCUGACAACAGCAAGAGGAGGGAACCUCCACCGCCUUCCAGCGCCCCUCCAAAGACACGCUCAGCCUGGGAGCAGCCCUGCCUGCGGAACUCCGGGCUGAGAGAGGCUCCAUCCUGCAGCUUAAGGCAACGGAGAAAUGUGGGACAAGGAGGUGACGCCCAGGGCAGCGAUGGCAUCGCUGUCCCCAGACAAUGGCACACAGAGGUCACCUCUGUCACCUCCUGGUUGGGACAAACUUCCUGGUGGGUUGUGGAGGAUUGGAUGUGAAAAGGUGAUGGGUAAGAGGGGGAAGCCAGGAGGACUCUGGGGGUUGAAUCCUGCCCCAGCAGCCACAGGCACGGGGGCAGUGCUCGGUGUUCCUGCGGGAUGCAGCUUUCGGAUGGAGGGAAGUUGCUGAAGACCCGUCCUGGCAGUGCCAGGCCAGCAGGUGCAGUGUCCCUGGGAUGGUGGAGGUGGGGACAUCCGUGUGUUUGAUGAGAUCCUUAUGGGGUGAGGGAGCGACCCUUGGCUCUCCUGGGAGGAGAUGGGUCAGCACAGGGCUGGACAGAGAGGAUUGCAGGUGGGGAGUGUCCUCUGGCAGCAAAGGGAAUUCCUUCACAGAAUGGAUGAGGUUGGAAGCGACCCUGGAGCUCAUCCAGUCCCCUGGAGCACAUUACUCAGGGUUGUGUCCAGAUAGGUUUGGAAUCUCCCCAGGGAAGGAGGCUCCAGGACUGCUCUGGGCAGGCUGUUCUUCGCUGUUGGACUGAGCCCUGCUGCCCUCACUGGCUCCUGCACUCAGGACAGGGGUGAGGGAGCGAGGCCCAUGGGAACAUGCAGAGGGAACCAGGAGCUGUGCCGAGCUCAGAGCCAGGCAGGUCCCGCAGCUGCCGUGUCCCAUCCACGCGUGGCUGUGCUGGGCCGUCUGCUGCCCUUCCCCGACACAUCCCGGCACUGCCUCGGGGGAUCCUGUCCCCUUCCCCUCUAACACUGUCCUGCCUCGAGCUCUCUCCAUCAUUGCUCUCUGCCCCCACCUUCCCUUUCCCAUCUGUGCCCCAUAACACCCUCUCUCCCUCCGAAACAUUUGUCCCCUUCUCCCCUUGCCUGGCACCUGGCUCCGAGGCUCCUUGGGAAGCUGUAGCUUGCUCUGAGGCCUGAGCUCCCUCCCUCUGGAAGCAGCCAGGUCUGGGCUGUGCUCAGCCUGGGGAGGAGGGAGCAGGGGGAAGGUGUUUGAGGAUUGACAGAGGGGUUCCUUCCAUGGUGUGGGGUGAGCUCUGUCCACAGGUACCCCCAGCAGCCAGGGGUGUCCGAGGGCAUCCCCCAGAGCGAGCUGGCCCUGUGAAACCAUCCAAGGCCAGGCUGGACAGGGCUUACAGCAGCCUGGGACAGUGGGAGGUGUCCCUGCCCGUGGCAGGGGGUGGAACUGGAUGAGCUUUAAAGUCCCUUUCAGCCAAAACCAGACUGCGAUUCCCUGAUUCUAUGAAACACAGUGGGUGGGAGAGCUGGUUCUUUAUUUAAUUUCCAGGAAAGAGUCUGGGAGUCAGGGUCAGGAAGCACAGCCUGAGAAUGGGGAGAAGCCUGGGGGGCCUGCAGGAAUAGGUUUUCCUCCCUUCCUUGUUUUCUAGCAGUCCCAGUUCCCCUUCAGUGGAUCAGCAGCUCAUGGAGCCCCAAAGUGAUGAAGCAGUGACCUUCUCUUGCCUCCUUUCUCACCCAGAGUGUGGGAAACAGCUCAGGAGCUGAGGGUGUCCUCAUCCCCCGGCUUGCCCCAGGCCAUGGAGCAUCCCGGGAAGGGUGGCUGUGCCCCAGGGAAGGGUGGCUGUGCCCCGGGAAGGGUGCCUGUGCCCGGGAAGGGUGCCUGUGCCCCAGGGAAGGGUGGCUGUGCCCAGGGAAGGUGGCUGUGCCCGGGAAGGGUGGCUGUGCCCCGGGAAGGGUGGCUGUGCCCAGGGAAGGGUGCCUGUGCCCGGGAAGGGUGGCUGUGCCCCGGGAAGGGUGGCUGUGCCCCAGGGAAGGGUGGCUGUGCCCGGGAAGGGUGGCUGUGCCCCAGGGAAGGGUGCCUGUGCCCGGGAAGGGUGGCUGUGCCCCGGGAAGGGUGGCUGUGCCCAGGGAGGGGUGCCUGUGCCCAGGGAAGGGUGCCUGUGCCCAGGGAGGGUGGCUGUGCCCCGGGAAGGGUGGCUGUGCCCAGGGAGGGGUGCCUGUGCCCCGGGAAGGGUGGCUGUGCCCGGGAAGGGUGGCUGUGCCCAGGGAGGGGUGGCUGUGCCCCGGGAAGGGUGGCUGUGCCCGGGAAGGGUGGCUGUGCCCGGGAAGGGUGGCUGUGCCCCGGGAAGGGUGCCUGUGCCCGGGAAGGGUGGCUGUGCCCGGGAAGGGUGGCUGUGCCCAGGGAAGGGUGCCUGUGCCCCAGGGAAGGGUGCCUGUGCCCAGGGAAGGGUGCCUGUGCCCAGGGAAGGGUGGCUGUGCCCAGGGAAGGGUGCCUGUGCCCCAGGGAAGGGUGCCUGUGCCCAGGGAAGGGUGCCUGUGCCCCAGGGAAGGGUGCCUGUGCCCAGGAAGGGUGGCUGUGCCCGGGAAGGGUGCCUGUGCCCCAGGCUGCUUUCCCACAGCAUCCAUUGGUUGUCCCGGUGCCAUGGCAAGGGACGGGCCCGGGCCCAGCUCCAGCAGGUGGUCACGGUGGGAUGCUCUGGAAGCCCUUCCAGCAGAGCACAGGACGGGUGCGGGAGCCCCCAGCGCAGGGGAUGGAUGAGGCACUUCCAACAUCCAAGUGCCGCUUGCACCGCCGGCGUCCGGGAGCCUCCCGAGCUCUCCCUCCACUUCCGGCGCUGCCGAGGAGCUUUCCCAGCACAGACUGGGAGGGCUGGGAGCACUCGGGGUGUCGCUGGUCCCCGGUGUGUGUCUGUGGCGUUCGGUGUCCGUGUGUCGCACCGGGGCUGUUCCUCGGGGACUGGGGCUGGGCCGGGCGCGGCCCGCGGGGCUGGGCUGGGGCUUCCUUUCGUUGUUGUUGAACUGUUCUUUUGGGGUUCAGGUUUGGCCGUUUUUCCGCGGGGAGGGGGGUGCGGGUCUGUUCCGGGUUCAUGGACAAGGUGAGGGCCUCGAUUAGGACCAAAUUUUCGUGCCUGUUGCUCUGGUGAUUUAUUUAGAAAUCAAAAGUUUACUGUCUGGUGGCCCAUCCUUGUCACUCUAUACAUAGGAAUAUACAGGACAUAUAUAAAUAUAUAUAUAUUAUACAUAGUGUCUGGAGAGAGGCCGUUCCUGGUGGGACGGACACUCCUCACUGUGCUGUAAUGUAGCUUCGACCCCGUGCUGGGAGCGCCCAGGGAGCGCCAGCGCCCUCCAGGAUGGCAACGACACAAUAAAGGAAUGAGCAUCA